GUUUAUGACCAGGAUCAUGUGCCAGAGAGGGUAACCAAGGACAAACUGGUUUACGGUCGGUUGUCUGGUUCUCCUCCGGUGCAGUCGCGCUAACUAGCUUGCUACCCAUGCUAGAUGUAGCUCAGUUAGCGUAAUCAUUAGCUGUAGCUAGGUUCACCAGCUUCAACCAGGCGUUGCUUGGUUUCCGCAAAAUUAGACUCCGGGUUGCAUAAUGCGUUCAGCGAUCUGUUGAGAUUUAUUUAACAGUAUAAUUUAUAUUUCGCGAGUGUUACUUCCACACACUACCAGGCCUCACGGUUGGCACAUACGCCUGAAGAGCUAGUUGGUUGCUAACGUUAGUUUGCACUAGCGGUGGUUUAUUGCCAUAUGGCUGGGCUCCAUCUACGCUCUGGAACGGGAGGUUUUCUUUUACCCAGUUCAUCCAGUAUAUCAUAAACAGUGUUUAUUAUUAACAACAUUUUUAUGUGUCAUUUGGCAUGUCUUCGGUCUGUGCUGCUUCACACCAAGACACUCCUGGCAUUAGCCGGGCAGUUUUGCAGUCUUAUUGUAACAUUACAUGAAAUGCCCAAAACUGCACCCAGUACUUCAAUAUCACUGUUGACAUCGAGACAGACGGAGCCGUUUUUGGUUUCCCAAAACGACUCCGGCCCGGGCCUCAGUCCGCGGUCUAGAGUUUGAGAGCGGGCUGCUUGAGGCGGAAGCACGUCGGUCUGUAACUACCAGCCGGUCUCUGUGCCCCAGUCACCACCAUGGGAGACAGUAGAGAUUCCCGCAGCCCAGACAGUUCGUCUGUCUCCUCCCCUCCAUCAGGCCAACGCUCACCCCCACUGGUCCCCUCAGCUGCAGCUUCCAUGACCUCCCUUCCUCCCACCACCACAACCGGCAUCAGCAGUCCAAUCAGCAACAUCGGCUCCCCCUUCUCUGUCAUCAGCUCCUCUAUGGGCUCACCUUGCCUCCCUGGCACACCCUCGGUGGGGUAUGGCCCAAUUAGCAGCCCACAGAUCAACUCAACAGUGUCCAUGUCGGGGCUCCACGCAGUGAGCAGCUCUGAUGAUGUAAAACCGCCACUGGGUUUGAAGCAGCUGUCAUCCCACAGUCCAGGACCGAUGCUCUCGCAGAAACGACUUUGCGCCAUCUGCGGAGACAGAUCCUCUGGUAAACACUAUGGUGUCUACAGCUGUGAGGGCUGCAAAGGCUUCUUCAAACGAACUGUGCGUAAAGAUCUGACUUACACAUGUCGGGACAAUAAAGACUGUAUGGUGGAUAAGAGACAGAGGAACCGUUGCCAGUACUGUCGCUACCAGAAGUGCCUGGCAAUGGGCAUGAAGAGAGAAGUGGCCACGAUGAACGACAGAUCUGUCCAAGAGGAGCGCCAGAGGAACAGGGAGCGAGACGGUGAGGUGGAGUCAACCAGUGCAGUGAAUGAGGAGAUGCCCGUGGAGAAGAUUUUGGAAGCAGAAAUGGCUGUAGAGCAGAAGACCGAGCUUCAUGCAGAUGGGAGUUCAGGUGGCAGCUCUCCCAACGAUCCAGUUACCAACAUCUGUCAGGCAGCAGACAAACAGCUCUUCACCCUGGUGGAAUGGGCCAAGAGGAUUCCUCACUUCUCUGAGCUUCCUCUGGAUGACCAGGUCAUCUUGCUACGUGCAGGCUGGAAUGAACUCUUGAUUGCAUCGUUCUCCCAUCGCUCCAUCUCAGUGAAGGAUGGCAUUCUCCUGGCCACCGGCCUGCAUGUCCACAGGAACAGUGCUCACAGUGCUGGUGUAGGAGCCAUCUUUGACAGGGCGCACAAUGCUGAGGUUGGGGCCAUAUUUGACAGGGUUUUGACAGAGCUUGUAAGUAAAAUGAGAGACAUGCAAAUGGACAAGACAGAGCUGGGCUGCCUUCGCGCCAUCAUCCUUUUCAACCCAGAUGCCAAGGGCUUGUCCAACCCCAGUGAGGUGGAGCUCCUGAGGGAGAGGGUGUAUGCAUCUCUGGAGGCUUACUGCAAGCAGAAAUACCCCGAUCAGCAGGGCAGGUUUGCAAAGCUCCUCCUCCGUCUCCCAGCACUGCGCUCCAUUGGUCUAAAGUGUCUGGAGCACCUGUUCUUCUUCAAACUGAUUGGGGACACACCCAUUGACACCUUCCUGAUGGAGAUGCUGGAGGCUCCUCACCAGCUCACCUAGAGGAGCCAGGUUCAUUUCAGUUCAAGAUCCAGUUGACACCAGGAUUUUCCAGCACAUUGCACCGUGCUAGGUCGUUGGCUCUUCAUGUUGGGCCUCACUUAACUGCGGCACCUGCUGGUUUAAACAACCAGCUGCGCGCACACACACACAUUCAUCAUCACAGGCUAAUUCUCUUCACACAUGCAGGUAUUUACUUGCAUGCAUGAAUAGAUUUGCAACAUUGCUAAAAGAUAGAUAAAAAAUGAACAAUAUGCUAAAAGAAACCUCAAAACACACACACAGUUUUUUUCACCAUCUUUUCCCAUAUACUGGUUUUAAUCACAGGGGUUAUGAUUCAAUGAAUAUAUGCCCUCUUCAUUACACACACAGUAAAUGUCUUAAUUUGAAUUUAGUUUUCAGUUUUCACAUCGUCCUCUCACAGCGGGUUUUGCUUCUGCAUAAUUGGUCCUACAUUGCCCGUUUUCACCUGGGUUACUUAGUUACACUGCUAGCUUCACCUCUGUAUGUUAUAUAAUUUCUAACCAGCCAGGUUAGUUAUUCACGUUUGGUUUAAGCUUGAAAAUCAGGUGCAUAAUUUCAAUCAACUGUCCGCCGUCAAACAGAAUCUCUCCUUAUUGGUCAGGAGGUGUCCUGUACUGGACAGGCAGACAUACCCACUCAGUGACUUCAUCCAGUCUCAUAAACAUUGAUAUAUUUUAUGCUUUUUAUCGAAUUUUCAUGAUGAAACUUGUUUGAGUUUCUAUUUUGAAGUACUGUACUCAUGAAAUGAGAGCUUUUUUUCUAAGGCAUUGAAAUCCAGGAAAAGGGGGCGGGAGCACUUAGUUGACAGACUUAGUCCCUCCCACCCUGAUGCGCACAGUGGGCUUUGUAAGACAAGAAGAAUGACUUGAAUUUUUUUUUUCUCUUGAUUUUAUCCUUUAUCUCUACUUCAACAGUUGUUAGGCAUUUAAACAGCUUGAGCCUCACAGGAAGUAGAGCUUCAUGCAAAACAAAAAAAGUAUUUUUAUUUCUCUCCUUUUAUCUCGUCUCCUCCCGUCCUCCCUUUGCUGAUGGUCAUUGAUGCACUUUUGUGAGUUGUAACUGUGUAAAUGUUCCCGUUUCCCCCAAAAUGACCAUCUUUUCUCAGACGCGUAAGACGACCUUGAAGGUACUAUGUGUAGGGUUUUCUUAUUUUUGCAUCAUUUUCAAGUCAGACCUGAAGAUUUGUUGUUUGUUUAACUUAAUACACAAUAGCAUAAACAGAAACAUCCACCAAAAUGGUUGGUAUGCUGUUCCCAAAAAACGUUAUUGUUGAAAAUCUCUUGCUGUAUUUAUCUGUCAACCAUGGUAAGAUAGUAAUAUGAUGGCUGUAAUUGGUCAGCCUGUAUUUUAGUCAUGCAGCAGUUAAAGUGUCCUUGAACCAGAUGUUUGACCUUGUAAAUACAGUAAGAAGCUACAGUCUGUCCUCUCUGUAGAAUUUUGUAGAAAAGCUAAAUAAACGAAACAUUUAACCAGGAGCCUGAAGCAAAUUGCAAAGACAGACUGAAACGACCCGAUUGUGGCGUUAACAUUAUUUAAUUUCCCCUGGUGACCUGUGUUUCAGUGGGUUUUGCAGGGUCGGAUCAUUUGCUGUGAUUGGUAAACAGCAUCAAAAACAUUUUUAUUACAGUAAUGAAAGAAAUAAUGGAAAUCCUACACAUACUACCUGCAGCUUUGAAAACUUUACUCAGUGUGUAUCGGCUCAGUGCUUGCAACAUUUGUACAGUAGAUGUAAAUAAUAAAAAAAUAAAAAUAACACCACGGGAGUUGUGCAGAAACAAAGACCUGUUCACAUUAGUGAAGGGGAAGAUUUAAAAGCUCUAUUUUCUGCUGUUGAAUCCUCCACCAUUAUUUUGUUAUUGAGCCCAGGGCCAAACCACACCUCGCUGCAGUGUUUGGGUGGACUUCUGAAGAUGUUUCCCCUCAUUCAUGUCGCCUGAUUGGCUGGAUUUCAUUGACAAUGGCACUUGACAUUUACUGUGAUUGAAAUUUUGUGGGCGCCUGAAUCUGAGCGUUGCAGUGAGAAGUGAAAAUGCAGCUAGCACAUGAUCAGGAGACAUAAAGCAAACAAAGUAAUUAUUCCCGAUAAUAAAUAUUCUUUAUAAUGAACAAAACCAUCUGCAGAUGCUCGACAUGGAGCAAUACUGGAGUACGCAAAGAUUGUUUCACCAUUGCAGUUAGACAGGUAUUUAAAAGAGUAUUUCCUCAUGAGUCACCAUAUUAAAUAGAAAUUAGAAACGCUGAUUUUGCAGUAUCAUUCUACAGGGAAGAGGCACAGCUGUCCUCGUAACAGGUGCUAAAAUAACUAAUAUGGUCUUUUAGUUUAAGACUUUUACAUCAAUGCAAACAUAGUAUGCAAGUACACAGACAAAUCAGACAGCCAUUGUCCACUCUUGGAACAGGUCUGCCUAAAAUGUCGAACUCCCUCUUUGAUUUUUUCCCCCGUAUUUUUUUGUUCUUUUAUGACCCCUUAAUUGCAGACUCCCUGCUAUGAAACUCGGAACACCAGCUGUGUGCUCGUACAGUCUGGCUGUGGCUUCACUACCAGACUCAGCCAUGAACCUUUUGUAUUUGAGUGGAGACAAUGGAAGUAGCUGUUGAAAUGUUGGGGUACAGCAGCUGCUUUGACUAGAAUGAGCUUCCUGUCCUGCAGAUAGUCCAAAUAGUUCUUCUCAGAGAGGAUCCUUGGUCUCCCCCAUGUAAUGUGGAUUUGGAGGCUGACCUGUAAAACAGGGUUUUUUUUCUUUAACGUGUCAAUGAGUUGGUCUAACCUUUCAGUGGUGGUUCUAGCCGACUCAGUGUAGUUGCUCCAGUCUGUUAAUUUCCUUCAUGCAGAGAACAGUCAGCUUUCCCUGGUACAUCAUCACUGCCUCAAAGAAAAGCUUAUGACGUGCCAGCUCUCCACUUCUGUAUACAAUGUAGUGUCAGUGCUUUAUUUCUUGUAGUCUGAGGUUUGAGACUUGAGUGAAAAGUAUUGUAUGGCACUCUUUGUGAGCUGGAUCAGAGCUCAUCUAUUGUAUGACAAUCGGGUCAGAUAAUGAGCUGUUUUCCCUGCUUCCCUGAGAGUUGACUGACACAAGAUCUUGUGUUUGAUUGGCUGACACCACAACUUUCUCUGCUGGAUUUUAUUUUUGGAGUUUCCUCUGUUGAAAGUUAGAGCCUGCUUUGUACCUGAGGGUGAUGAUGAUGAUGGGUGGGGUUCUGGAGCGUCCACCUGUGACAUAAAAAUACACAGCUGACUGAGUUAGUCCGAGUUCAUCAAAAAGUUAAAAUAUGCAACCAGUGUAUUUGUCUUGUGGUUGUCAUGUAAUAUGUGCAUUGUGUUUCCGACAUUCAUAAAUUCAGUCGGCAGAAGUUGAAAUGAACUGGCAGUGAAAUUAUUUGUCAUCCCUUAAUUUAACAACAUAUUGAAGUUAUGCGCUUCCUAUAUUUCUCUAUAUUUUGCUCAGAGCUUAGGCCAUUUGGAGAAAGAACAUGAAGCUGAACAGCUUCUGUGUGAUGAUGAGCCACUGUGAGCUUUGAUGUGCUUUAGCAAGAGCUGGUGGUUGGCAUUUUUAUUGUUUUGACAUUUUGUGUGUGGCCACAUGUGUAUGGAAUUUAUCUGUAGCUAAGCCCCAGCCUCAGCUGUGAUGUGCUGGUAAAUUGAUUAGUUGAGCAACAUAAUGAAAGGAUGCAGAGAAGAGGAGUCUGGCUGGAGAGGUGACAACAACCCAGCCUCCUCUCCUUCGUGUUGCCCACUGCUUUACUUCAGACAUAACAAAUGCUUCUGCACUCACACAUGUGAGACUGACUUUGUGAAAGAAAUUGAAUUGUAAAAUCAAGCUUUGAUUUGACUUUGUUGGACUGUUUGAGAAGGAUUUGAAGCUUUAGUGGAAUAAGCAUUAGAGAGCUGUAAGGAGGGGAUCCACUGCAGUGUGUCCCCCCUUGCUUACUUUACUUGACGGCAGAGCAGCGACGAUCUGCGGUUGCCGUGGGAGACCGCCAGAUUGCACCGCACCGCCCACAAAUGUUUGCAACCAUGUGCACUCAAGGCAGACGCAUGCUGUGACCUUCUGACUGUGUAGCAGUAUUGUUGUCGCCAUCUUUGUUACAUUUUGAAAUUACUCACUUUUUUGAAAAUAAAGUUGUUGAUGCUUUUUUGAGAUGGGUUGCAGGCUGUGACUGAAGAACUGAUCAUCAUGUAUAGAUUAGAUAUCAGGGUGGCUUUUUUUUUUACCUAUCGAAACAGGCCCAUCCCACCAUUGUCAAUGAGGCGCAGCCUCGACCCCACCACCUUCACUGGUUUGUUCAUCACUGCCAAGCUGUUUGUGGAUGUGGCUGUUUUCAGUGUAGGGCCACUCAGUCCCCACUGCUUGUUUGUCAUGUAUGUUUGUUAUUAUUGUGCCGCACACUCAACAGUGUGUGCUAACCUUGGCCUGUGUAGUGAAUACUAAAGAGGGGCCCUAAUAAGAAUGGAAUGAUGGCUUGUGUGGAGAGGCAACGACUGGUCACAGGAGAGAAAAGUGGACCAGUGUGUCCCUCUCUGGGUGCUCAAGCUGUGCAUUUGGUGCUUUUAUGGGGUCUUAACAUCUGCUCUAGUUUUCAUGACAUGGGGAAAUGCAAAUAAGGAAUGAUUUAAGAGGGACUAGUUUAGCAUAGUCCCAAACCUGCUCUUCUUCAGUGGGAUUUGUGCUUCUGCAACAGACAGGUGUGUGUGGACAGUCGCUGUAUACUAUCCUCAGUUUUUGGCCGGGGCCACACUGGAUGCAAAAACAGAGCUUCUGCAUCGCAUAAUUUCCUCCUUUUCAUUUACUGUACACAUAUUAAGAGACUAAAUAAACCAAACCUUCAGAUUAUGCAUGUUGUGAUUUGGCGCUGUACAAAUAAAAUUGAAUUGAAUCGAAAACUACCCAGGUGAGAUGAGUCUCACUGUUAUGAGAAUAGAAUUACCUCAAGUACUUCACAGCAGAAAAGACCAUAAUCCUGAUAUUUCAUCAGAGUUUUCACUUUUGCAGCUUUAUACUGAUCUGUGACUGUUCUAGUCAAAACGUUUAGUUUAAUACAAAGUCUUUAGAGUAUUUAAAAAUAUAAUUUACGACGGGUUUUUUUUUUAAAGUUGAACUCAGUGUAAAUCCUAGUAUACAAGCUCCCUGUGUGAAAACCAAAGCUGUGUGUGCCACAGCAGAUCAGUGGCUCUGCACAUGCGUCCAGUCAAUCCCCCGGCCUCAGAUCCUGAGAUUGAGGCUCCAAAUGUAGAGACACAGGUCAAAGGUAAAGAGAGUCCCCACAAGUGUGUUUUGCAGUUGACACUUCUGAACAGGCUCUGGUUACACAGGAUGAGUCAGACUGGAGGGAUUUCCGUCCUCAGGAGGACGAGGAGGUUGUAGAUGUGGUUUUUAACAGUUGCAGUAUUUUGGUAGGUAGGUCACAGAGCGAGAGAUGGAGGGAAUGAAAGAAGGGCAGGGACUGUAAGAACUCUGAUCAGGUGUUCAUUCAUCGACUGAGAAGGAAAACAGAAAAAUAUUUUCCAGUCGAUCUAGAAUCUUCCUUAAUUGUCGACUCCUCACCUUUAAACUUCACAUGGUCCCUCUUCUCCAACUACACUAUUUAUCUUUUGUUUAUUACAAAGUAUUAAACAAAUACCAGAAAUUGUAAAAUCAGAAUGGAACCUGUCACUCUUAUUUUAAAUUUUUUUCUCUCUUUCUCUUGUAUCUGUUCUUUGUAUCCCAUUCAUUGUGUGCUUUGGGGAAUGAAAGAGGAAAAAAAAUAUGAAUAAUUUUUUCAGUCAUUAAUUCUGAAUCUUGUUUCUGUUUGUUGUAUCAUGUCCGAGUAAAGGUUUUAAUACAUUA